AUGACGUGGAUGAGUGGGCAAAUGAGGGUGCAACAUGAGAUGCAAAGAUUGCAACUUGCUCAUGCUGGGAUAGCAGCACUAGGGUGUGAAUGGACUCAUUUUGUAUACCGAGCGGAUGAGGAGCAAGGCGAUGCUCCUGAUGAUGAUUCUGAGGAGAUUAGAGGUGAAGAGAUUCCCGAUUCAGCUUUUGAACUAGUCGAAUGCCUUUGGAAAGAAGUUAUGCAUUUGGAUGACUCCCAGAUUUUGAAAAUUAUUAGAAAACCUUGGUCGCUAAUAUUCGAGGCUGCAAAACAAGGAAACCUUAGGUUUCUAGACAUAAUUUUCCAUGAAUAUCCUGAUCUGAUGUUUGAAGUUGACGAAAAUAAUUACACCAUAUUUCAUUAUGCUGUUAUGUAUCGUCAUUAUAACAUUUUCAAAAUUAUUUACACCAUAGGUCCGUUGAAAAAUUUGGUAGUUAAGAAAAUAGAUAAGAAAGGGAACAACAUCUUGCAUUUGGCUGCAGAGUUGCCUAAACAAGACACACCCGGUGCUGAAUCAACUGCAACACAUUUCAAAAUGUCUAUCGAGAUGCGAUGGUUCGAGAGAGUGAAAAGAAUUUUGCAUCCAGUGGCUGCUGAAGCUGAGAAUAACAAAGGGAAAACUGCUAAAGCUAUAUUCACUGAACAACAUAGAGAGUUAAGAAAGGAAGCUGAGAAAUGGACUAAGGACAUUGCAAAUGCAAACAUCAUGGGGGCAAUACUUAUUGCCACCGUGGUUUUCGCUGCAGCUUUCACAAUACCAGGUAGCACUAAUGAAGAAACAGGGACUCCACAUUUUGUUCGAAGAGCUUCCUUCAUAGUUUUUGCAAUAUCAGAUACUAUAGCAUUACUAUUGUCCUGUUUCUCCAUACUAAUGCUCAUAACCGUUAUCUCUUCCCGAUGUGAAGAAGUAGAUUUCCUUUGGCGGAUACCUUUUGAUUUGGCUUGGGGGUUAACCUUACUUCUUUUCUCAGUAGAAGCAAUGGUGGUAGCGUUUUGUGCAACUAUGUUCAUUGUCUUCAAAGAUGGGAUGUUAUGGAUUCCUAUUCUUGUUGCGGUAAUGUCUUUUUUCACAAUCUACAAGUUCUGUGACAGAACUUGGGCUCGCUUUGGAGAUGUAAUGCAUAUUGCCGUUAUACCAGGUGAGAGUUUUUUAAAAGAAGAGAAACAACUCACAGUAUUAGAAAAAAUCAUAGCGCCAAUAUGUACAAUGUGA